AUGGGGCUGGAACGCGUCGAGGCGGUGAUGCGCCGCUUAAGCAUCAAUCAUGAGGCGGAGCCUCUCGCCGGGAAGGUCGUCAGCAUCAUCGUCGCCAUGAUAUCGGCCUGUCUCCUUGCAAGCCUUUUUGUGAUGAGAUGGACAUCAGUGAAGGACUGGAAGGCAUUACCAUGGACGAUGUGGCGUAAGGAACCCUCGCGAUUAUACGCCUUUGUCCAUGACAUUUACUAA